AUGAAACCACUCAAAAUCUACGGAGAUAUACUCGGACCUCAAUUGUGCAAGGUCGUGUUGAUUGUAAAGGAACUUGGACUACCAUAUGUGUUGAAAGUGUUCGACCACUCAACCGUCGACAAAGACCCCUACGCUCCGACAGCUUUAUCAAGAGCCGUACCUGCACUGGAUGAUCCCAAUAAUGAGUUGGUGCUAUGGGAGUCUGGCGCCAUAGUUGAAUACAUCAUCGAAACCUACGACAAAGACAACAAACUUCACUACACCACUUUCCCUCAAGUCUGGCACCAGAAACAAUGGGCCUGGCAUCAAUUCGGUGGCCAUGAAGCAAUUCUAGGGAAAAAGGCAUUCAUCUCCAUACGCGACUACUACGAUGCCCUAAUCCGUGGAAAUCUUGCCACCAUAGAAAGCCACCUUGGCUCUACAGGAAACCUCUAUCUAAUAGGAGACCGAGUUUCAUACGCGGAUCUAAUGUUUAUUGCAGCGAAAGAGGCCUCGAAGAUCACUCUCACKGAAAGUUUCAACCAAGAAUUCGAAUUCGAAUGGAGGAGUCGAUGGCCGAGAAGCUACGAUUGGCAUCAAAGAUUGCUGCAGCGAUAUACAGUACGGCAGUUGUUCAAGGAGAGAGCGAAAAUCAUCAGGGAGAGAGGGUGGUUGCAGGAAUGA